AUAACAAUUGCUUUUUUAUUUUAGAAAAAUAAAUUACAAUGAAUGAAAGCACUGAAAUUCCAAUAGAGAUGCAUACUAAGAUUUGCAAAAAAAUUGCACAAUUAACUAAGGUGAUUUACACGCUAAACUCUCGAGCUGAAGAACAAGACAUUAUGAUGCAAAAACUCAAGGAAAGCCAUGAAAAUGAUAUUAAAAGAAUAAUACUGGAGUGUAAAAGCAAGGUCCUAAAGUUUAAGAAUCAAUCACAAAAUCUAUUGGGAAAAGAAAAGGAAUUUAUACACCUGCAAGAUUUAGUAAAAGAUUUAAGGGGGGAUAAUUCGAGAUUGCAAAAUGUUCUUGAGUCACAGCUGGAAAAAGCAACUUUGCACGAAAAACAACUACAAAGUGACUACGAAAACAAAUAUUUAAUUUUGCAAAACAAAUUUUUGGAACAAAAGAGAUACUAUGAUGAGCUGGUAAAUUCAUUUAAAUCAUUUCAAAAUGAAAUUGAAAGUAAGAAAAAACAACUAACGGAAGAGAUAAGAGCAAAAUAUCUUAAUGAAAUAAAGCAAAUGUCAAUAUCACACGAGAAAGACAUUUUAGCUGUGACAGAUGCUAAAGCAACGUAUGAAUAUGAGAUAAACAAGCAAAAAAAUGAAUUUAAUAUUUUACAAGCACAAUGGAUAACUGAAAAGCAAGAAAUGAACAGUGAAUACGAAAACAAAUAUGCAAAACUGAAAAGUUUUUAUGAAAAAGAGAUUGAACUCAUUACACUAAAAAAUGAAGAUAAGGAGAAACUUGAACAUGAAAAAUCUUUAUUGACAAAUAAUUUAGAACUUGCAAAGUCAGAUUUAAAUAAUCGAAUACGUUUUUUGGAGAGAAAGGUGGAAGAUUCAGAAAGCUUAAUUGAAAAGUAUCAAAAUGAUUGUACAUCUCUUGAGAAACGGAUUUCAGAGUUAAACUUAAAAUGUGAAAAUUCUGUGGCUAUGGUUGAUGAUAAAAGCAAAACAAUUACAGAGUUAACGGAUAUCAUAACAAUGAAAAAAACUAAAAUGGAAAGUAUAAUGAGAGAGCUGGCUGAGUACAAGUCGAAAUUUGAAACACUGAGAGAAGAUACAUUACUUAAAGUAAACAGAAAAGAUGCUGAUUUGUUAAAGUUGAAAGAAACUUGUGAAUCAACAAAGAAACAGCUUUCAGAUGUUCAAACUAAACUCCAUACUGUUGAGACAGAAUUCUCUUUAUUACAAGAAAAAAAUAAAAAUAUCACCAACAAAAUCAUGCAGAUAUCAGGUGAAAAAGAUCAGACUGAAGCAAUGUACAAGAAUACACAAUCCACAUUACAAGAGAAGAAUAAGGAAUUGGAUGCACUUCUUUUAAAGUUGAAAGAAAGCAAGGAACAGCAGAAUUUCACUGCCAAAGAUUUAGAAAAACGAUACGCUAAAGAACUGCAAGAUGAAAGGGAUAAGCAUACUGGAAAUAUUAAAAAGUUUAAAAAAGAAACUGAAAAAAUAUUACAAGAAAGUCAAAGUAAACUUUUAGAAGAGUUUGCUAAGGAAAGGGAAAAUGUUCUUAAUGAAACAAACAGUGUAAUAGCAAAGAAAGAUACAGAAAUUAAUAAAUUACAAGAACAGCUUAAAGGUGUCAAUGCUGAAGUAGAAAAUUUAACUAAGAAUUUGAAAGAUUUUGAAGAUCAGUUAAACAAUACAAAAAAUAUCAACACUGAUCUGAAAUUACAGUUAUCCAAUGUUAAGAAAUUAUGCAUGGAUUCAGAAGAAAAAUGUAAUAGAUUGCAAACCCAACUUGAUUCUUUAAAGAGUGGCUUAGAUCAAGAAAAAGACAGAUUCAUUCAGGAAAAGAAAGAAUUAGAAGAACAUCUACAGACAAAAUUUAAAGAACAGACAGAACAUUUAGACGAACAUUGGAAGGAAAAAUUUAGACUUACUCAAAGUGAUCUCCAGAAAAGAAUGCAAGAGGAGAAUGAGGCCAUCUUAAAAAAGAUGAUAAAACAACAUGAGAACGAGAUUGAAGUGUUACGUUCAAAAAUGGAUAACGAGAAUGUGGUAUUAAAUAACCAAAUUUCUCAUUUAAAAGCUAUUUAUGGUGAAUUAGAACACACUACUUCUGACGAAAAAACGAAAUUGAGGGAGCAAAUUGAACAUGCACAAAGACAAUUUGAAGAAGAGAAGGAAAAACUCAUUGCAUCAUAUAAAACGGAAAUGGAGGAGUUAAAAAAUAUUCUUGAAAAUGAAAAAAAUGAGUCAUUAAAACAACUGCACGAUUCUCACUAUCUUGCUUUAGAAGAGUCACAAGAGAAGCAGAAACUGUCCUUGGAUGAACUUCAAAAUAAACACAGUAUAUUGGUCAAAGCUUUAAAAAGUCAAUACGUUGUAGAAAAGGAAGCAGAAUUAAAGAAUUUGAAUGAUAAGCUUUUAUCUGAAAAAGAAACUUUGCGAGACUUCUUGAGACUACAAAACGAGGAGCGGGUUAAACAACUCUCAGGGGAAUAUGAACAGCAAAUUAUGGAUAUUAAAAAUGAAUUAGGAAGAAGCAAUGAGUUACGACAAAAGGAGUUUUUAGUGCAUACAGAAAAAAUAUCUGCAUUAGUGCAAAGUUUGGACAAAGAAAAAACGCAAGUAGAGAAUUUCAAAUUAAAACUGAAUGUCUUAGAAGAAGAAGCAAGAACGUUGCGCAAAGAACUCGAAGCGAAAGUCGAAGAAGUUUUGGAAAUAAGAAGAGAAUGCAAUUCUAGAUUAAGAAGUCAUACAGAUGACAUGUCCCAUCAACAUCAGUUGCAGAUGGAAACUAUAAAAGCUGCACACCUAAAAGAACUUCAAGCAUGUUUAGCAGAGUGGAUGGAAAAACAAAGUUAUCUGGAAGAUCAAAUAUCGACGUUAAAAUUAUUGCUUGAGGAAGGCGAGGAAAGGUUUCGCAACCGACCAUCUCGUGAAGAAGACAUGUUAUUUAUCUCCGAGCUCCAACAAAAGAUUUUAGAACAAGAUCUUGAAUGUAAAAGAUUGGGUGACGAGAGAAAAUUGUAUCGGUUGGAGUUGGUCAACAGAGAGGAAAAUUUCAACAAAGUUUUCAAAACCUCGCCUAACAUUGGUUUUAUGAAUCCACUUGAACAGGCUAAAAGAAGAAGUGCGAAAAAGAAGUGAUCAUUAUCUACAGACUGGACGAUUACACAGCAUACGUUGCUCGACUCGCAAGAUAUACCACCGCAGUUUAGGAUUUUAAUGGCUGUUUGUUAUGGCCUAUCUAGAUAAUGUUUUACUUGAUUUGAUUUUAAACGCAGAAAUACAGACAUUUUCAGAACGUUUUCUAAAAGUGCAAACACUGCAGUUAUUCUGCCAAAAUCGUGAGCGCAACCUAGUUACCAAGCUUCUGAACGUUAGUUUCAUUUAAACGCAUUCAAUGUGAAUAAUGCUGAUUUUUUUGUGCUUUUAAUUAAAUGUUGCGUAAGCGAGACCCUGCUUUGACAGUUUUUGGUUUUCGCCUUUAAGCUGUUUGAACGCAAGAAUAAGAAUUAGAUUUACACCGUUCAGUGUUUCCUAUAUCCUUUUUAUGUAUUUUUAGGAGAAAUGUAGGUUCUCUCGUGCGUAUAAUAGAAAGUUUACUUUCAAAAUAUAAUUUUUGUUAUGAGCAAAUAAAUCCAUGUACAUUCUCAUAAGUGUACACGUGUAUCAUAAAUUAUCUAUUUAUUUUGAAAUUUAAUAUAUUUUCUUACACUGUUUUAAA